GCGACCAUGACUCUGGGGUCCAUGAUGGCCUGUUGCCUGAGCGACGAGGUCAAGGAGUCCAAGCGCAUCAACGCCGAGAUCGAGAAGCAGCUGCGGCGGGACAAGCGCGACGCGCGGCGCGAGCUCAAGCUGCUGCUGCUGGGAACGGGCGAGAGCGGGAAGAGCACCUUCAUUAAGCAGAUGCGCAUAAUCCAUGGCGCUGGCUACUCAGAGGAGGACAAGCGCGGCUUUACCAAGCUGGUCUACCAGAACAUCUUCACAGCCAUGCAGGCGCUGGUCCGUGCCAUGGACACACUCAAGAUCCUCUACCGCGACGAGCAGAACCAGGCCAAUGCGUUGCUGAUCCGUGAGGUGGACGUGGAGAAGGUGACGACAUUCGAGCUGCGCUACGUAGACGCCAUCAAGACGCUGUGGGGUGACCCGGGCAUCCAGGAGUGCUAUGACCGGCGCCGCGAGUACCAGCUGUCGGACUCGGCCAAGUACUACCUGACAGACGUGGACCGCAUCGCCACCUCGGGCUACCUGCCCACGCAGCAGGACGUGUUACGGGUCCGCGUGCCCACCACCGGCAUCAUCGAGUACCCCUUCGACCUGGAGAACAUCAUCUUCAGGAUGGUGGACGUGGGGGGCCAGCGGUCGGAGCGCCGGAAGUGGAUCCACUGCUUUGAGAACGUCACGUCCAUCAUGUUCCUCGUGGCCCUCAGUGAGUACGACCAGGUGCUGGUGGAGUCGGACAACGAGAACCGCAUGGAGGAGAGCAAGGCGCUGUUCCGCACCAUCAUCACCUACCCCUGGUUCCACAACUCCUCCGUCAUCCUCUUCCUCAACAAGAAGGACCUGCUGGAGGACAAGGUGCAGCGCUCGCACCUGGUCGACUACUUCCCCGAGUUCGAUGGGCCCCAGCGGGAUGCGCAGGCCGCCCGGGAGUUCAUCCUGAAGAUGUUUGUGGACCUGAACCCCGACAGCGACAAGAUCAUCUACUCGCACUUCACAUGCGCCACCGACACGGAGAACAUCCGCUUCGUGUUCGCGGCGGUCAAGGACACGAUCCUGCAGCUGAACCUGAAGGAGUACAACCUGGUGUGAGCCGCGCUCCUGCCUCUAAGUUAUUGGCCGCCGCCCGGCCCCUUGCUCACGACUCCAGGAAGUGUGGGUGGGCGGCGCCCCCUGCUGCCCGCCCUGGGAAGUGCCUAACCAUAUUCUCUUUAGAGGGAAACAACCCAAGAAACACCCCAUGUCCCUGGAGGGAAGCCCGGGGGCCAUGGCGGGGAGCCCCGGCUCUGGCUCCCACAUGUCCCGCAUUGCCCACCUGUCCCCUCGGCAUGAACCCCAGGGGGACCGAGAAGGCGGGCGCUGCUUCUGUGCUUGGUUUUGUGGAAACCAGGGGGGCGGGGACCUUGGCAGAAUAUUCUCAGGUUUGUCCCCAGAGAGACGGGUCACCGGUGAGGUGGGUCCCCACCGCACUGGGGCUCUUUCCUGGAGCCCGGGGGGACCCCGCAGCCCAGCGCACGCGCACUUUGCUCCCCGUGGUCCCCGACGAGUGUGGGGUGGCCUCUAAGGAAUCACACUACAGUGUUGUCUGCAGGGCUUUGGCUGCGGGGGCAAAGCCAGCGGUGUCUCCGUGGGUGUGUGCACCCCCGCCUCUGGUCUGAGCACCCCCCCAUCCCUGCCAGCCAAUGCAAAGAAAACGUGGGGAGCAGGAGAGCAACCCUCUGCGUUCCCGACUGUGCCAUGUGCCCGCUGCCCGGCCUCGGGGCACCCGAAGUAUUAGUGUCCCGGGGGCAGGCAGCCUGCCAAGCAUUCCAGGGCCAAGGCCCGGCCCUAGGGGGUUCCGGGCCACUCAGCGCCCAGCCCCCUCGGGGUCCCGAGGCAAGUCGGGGCGGGAGGUCUCACCCCCGUACCCCUCAACUACAUGCACGAUAUUUCAAUGAUUUUCACCCAGAGGGGCGCGCAAUGCCCCUCCCCUCCCCAGUGCCACUGCGCCCCAUCCCCAGUCUGUUGUGCCAAGGCCCCUCCACACCGCAGGGGGGCGGGGCGCCCUUUGUACAUCACAGCCCUAACCAGCUCAUCUGAUCUUUUCCUUUCUGUAUUUAAAAGUCUUAUAUAAAAUGUUCUUUUUCAAUCUUCCUGUCCUUUGGAAUGCAUGUUUGGGCGUCCCAGGCCAAUGCCAAACACCUCUCGGCCUGCCGGGGGAAUCACGGCCAAUGCUCGCGGCCUUGGGGCUGCCUGAUAGAAAAUCAAUUUUUUUCAUAUAUUUCUCCUGAAAUGAAUUGUUUUAAAUUAGAAUAAAUCUUAUUCUUAAACCCGGUGGGCCCCA